AUGCAGAGUCUGCGGCCAAAGGAGGAGGACCUCGAGGCCUUCUACCGUCGCUUCGGUCGCGCGCCUCCCGUGCCCCUACCCCCUCGGCCGCGUCUACUCAUCCACCGCCCCCUGUCCGCCUCCCAAGAAGCCCCGCAGCUCCGCCUCCGCCGCCGCGGGCGGCAAGCCGCCCAUGAUCGUCUACUACCGCCGUCGCCGCAAGAAGCCGCGGCUCGAGGAGCCACGGCCGUCCUCGCCCUCGAUGGCGCCGCGGCAGCCGGAGGAGGGGGCGCUGGGCAGGGGCUCGCGGCGGAAGCGCCCGCUCAAGCACGAGCUGCUCAGCCUCGGGUCCGCCCCGCCUGCAUUGGGCUCGGAUGGAGACGGGGAGGAGCUGCUGCGGCGACGGCAGCCGAGGCGCAGAGGGGAACUGGAGAAGGAGAGCACUUCGGCGCCCCGGAGGCGACGGCGCCGCAGCAGCCAGCUGGAGGCCGCCUCUCCGUCCGAGAGGAGAUGGGUAGAGUUGGAAAUUCAGGGUGUGGAUCCCCAGGCGUUCGUCGGAUUAGUGUGCAAGGUUUUCUGGCCCCUAGAUGAUGAUUGGUACAAGGGUUCCAUCACGGCCUACACAGG